AUGCGGCCCACAACGGCCACACCAGUAUGGACACGUUGGGGCAGAGCACCAUGCGGCCCACAACGACCAAGCACAUAUGGACACGUUGAGGCAAAGCACAGCUCCAUGCGGCCCACAACGACCACACCGACAUGGACACGCAAAGCACAGCUCCAUGCGGCCCACAACGACCACACCGACAUGGACACGUUGAGGCAGAGCACAGCUCCAUGCGGCCCACAACGACCACACCGGUACGGACACGUUGAGGCAGAGCUCCAUGCGGCCCACAACGACCACACCGAUGUGGACACGUUGAGGCAGAGCACAGCACCAUGCGGCCCACAACGACCACGCCCAUAUGGACACGUUGAGGCAGAGCACCAUGCGGCCCACAACGGCCACACCGAUGUGGACACGUUGAGGCAAAGCAGAACACCAUGCGGCCCACAACGACCACACCGAUGUGGACACGUUGACGCAGAGCACCAUGCGGCCCACAACGCCCACCCGGUCCACACCGGUAUGGACACGUUGAGGCAGAGCACCAUGCGGCCCACAACGCCCACGCCCAUAUGGACACGCAGAGCACAGCUCCAUGCGGCCCACAACGACCACACCGACAUGGACACGUUGAGGCAGAGCACAGCUCCAUGCGGCCCACAACGACCACGCCCAUAUAGACACGUUGAGGCAGAGCACCAUGCGGCCCACAACGUCCACACCGAUGUGGACACGUUGGGGCAGAGCACCAUGCGGCCCACAACGCCCACACCGGUAUGGACACGUUGGGGCAGAGCACCAUGCGGCCCACAACGCCCACCCGGUAUGGACACGUUGACGCAGAACACCAUGCGGCCCACAACGCCCACCCGAUGUGGACACGUUGAGGCAGAGCAGAAUGCGGCCCACAACGACCAAGCACAUGUGGACACGUUGAGGCAAAGCAGAGCACCAUGCGGCCCACAACGACCACACCGACAUGGACACGUUGAGGCAAAGCACAGCACCAUGCGGCCCACAACGACCACACCGAUGUGGACACGCAGAGCAGAGCACCAUGCGGCCCACAACGACCACACCGACAUGGACACGUUGAGGCAGAGCACAGCUCCAUGCGGCCCACACCCAUAA